UGGAUGCAGGGAUUGCGUAUGAUGCAACAGCCAUAGAGUUUCAAGGUGUUAAGGCAAAGACAAACUUCCCAAUUCCUGUUGAUUUGACUCAAAGUCCCAACUCAGAAUAUCUUGAUGCUCGUGGUGGUGGUGGCGGUCUUGAUCGUGGUGAAAUGUUUCAUACUAAUGGAUUCGGAUCCGUAAUCAUGGGUUCCAAUGCAGGAGAUCUCAGUAAGUCAGAUUCUUCAUCAGUGGUUGAUUUUUUGGGUAAUGAUACUAAGGGCAUUCAGAUCGACCUCAAUUUUCCACCGGUGCCAAAGAAAAUGUGA